AUGAAGAAAGAUUGGCGCCUUUGGAAAUAUUUAAAAGCUGGAGAGACCGGGCUAGGUUGGGAUCCUACUACUGGAAAACUUGAUUUCUCUGAUGAAUGGUGGGAGAGAAAAGUCAAGGAAAAGCCCGAAGCGAAGAAGUUCCGUAACAAGGCAAUACAUCCCUCUAUUGAAGAACAAUGGGAUCGUCUAUUUGGAGACACAGUUGCUACUGGGUCGGCUUUAGCACCUUCCGCCAUUUAUGAAUCUUUGAACAAUAAAGAGUCUGUGAACAUAGAUGAUGAUGAAGACAAUGAGGGGAAUGUGAAUUUAGUGGAUGGAAAUGAUACUUAUUCAACAUUUUCUCAGUACUCUUCUCGGUUAGAAGGCUUGGAACAGGAAGAGAAUGGUUUUUGA